AUGAUCACAUGGCGCAUCACCAACUCAACAUCGAAUCCACUCGUUGUCGAAAUACUUCAACGUCAUGCAUGGAAUUAUUCAUGGUGGCCAUGUACGAAUGCUCAGAUAUCUGCUGGAAAUUACAUGAUUGGUUCGGGAAAUAUUAUUUGUCCUUCGUCUUGUCCACCAAAUGUUAGUACAAUUAAUUCAGUGACUGUUCCAUGUACUGGAUAUAAUCAAAUUGAAAGUUAUGUUAGUGGUGAAGGACGAUUUACUUUCCGUGUUCCACCAAAUUAUCGAUUUCGAGCAAUAUUUAAUAAUUCAGCAUGGUUCUCAUUAGUUACUGGUGGAGGAGUAUGGUCUGUAGCAACAGAAAUUAACACUUAUAUACGACCGAGUGGACGAUAUAAUCAAGCACCUAUUGUUACUAUGUUACCGGUUAUUAGACUUCGUCGUUAUCUUAUUUAUGAUAUUAAAAUAAAUGUUGCUGAUAAUGAUUUUGAUCGAUAUACGUGUGUUUGGUCGAAUUCAAGUCAAGAAUGUGGCGGUGUAUGUCGAUCUGCACUUACUUUACCGGCUUCGACAUUUCUCAAUGAGACAAGUUGCAUACUUCAUUUUGUGCCAGCUACGAUUGGUUUUUAUGCUAUGGCAUUCACUAUACUAGAUUUUGAAAAUGAAACAAGUACCACCCCUCUCUCACGUGUACCGAUUCAAUUUAUUUUCAAUGUUUGGGAUUCAAAUGUAACAUGUUCUUUAAAACCAAUUUAUAUUGGUGAUGUAUCUGCUGAUGAAUGUAUUUUUGUUGAGCCAGGUAAAAAUAUUACAGUGCUCAUUCGAAUCAAGGUUCAAUGUCCAAAUGCUACACUAGCUAAUGUAAUUGGUGUCUAUCCCACCGGCUUUACACAAUCAUCAAGAUAUACUGAUGCAUAUGAUCCAACUAUUAAUAUUUUUCAAGUCUCCUAUACAGGUAAUGCAAAUCAAGUAGGUCAAAAUUUAUUUUGUUUUGCUGGUGUUGAUUCAAUUGGUAAUCAAGGGGAUUCAAAUUGUCUCCGUUUUACAGUACAAUUAGCUUCUGAUAGUCGUAAUACUCUCUAUGUUAACAAUGCAACUCAUUUUCCAAUGGGUCUUGUAUCAAAAUAUCAAUCAAAUUGGACAUUACUCUAUCCAACAACAACAACAUUUGUACGACCAACUACUGAUGCAUAUAUUCGUUUUAAAAUCACUUCGACUCAACAAGACUUUGUUACAUAUAAUGUAGCAAAACAAACAACCAAUGUGAUUUAUCUUUCAGAUCGUUUGGUUAUUUUAUCAAAUGUUGCUUUUAGUCCUGGACAAAAUUAUUAUAUUUCAAUAGAUCCAGGUGUAUUUUUACCUAUAGCAACUUGUUUGCGAGAUUCAAUGGAAAUAACAGAUAAGACUUUUUGGCCAUAUAAUACAGCAUCUGAACCAAAUACAACAGUAACAACAAGUACUACAUCACAAUCAUCAACAACAACUUUAGUAAAUCGAACAGUGAAUAUUUAA